AUAAAAACCCUAAUACAAUAUAUACCAAGAUCCAAACCAAACCAAAAGCACUGCUACUACUCUUGCUUUUGCUUUUGGUUCAUAUAUAUACAUAUAUAGAUAUAGAUAUAUAGACGAUAUAGAGAAAAUGGCAGCCUCAGUUGAUCCACUAGUGGUGGGAAGAGUGAUCGGAGAUGUGGUGGACAUGUUUGUUCCGGCGGUGGCUGUGUCUGUCUACUUUGGUUCGAAGCAUGUCACCAAUGGCUGUGAUAUAAAACCCUCCAUUUCCAUUACUCCACCAAAACUCACCAUUUCUGGACACUCUGACGACCUCUACACUCUGGUAAUGACGGACCCCGACGCGCCCAGUCCGAGUGAACCCAGCAUGCGAGAGUGGGUGCACUGGAUUGUCGUGGAUAUACCAGGAGGGACAAAUCCAAACAGAGGGAAAGAGAUUCUACCUUACGUCGGGCCGCGGCCGCCGGUGGGUAUCCACCGCUACAUUCUGGUCCUGUUCCGGCAGAAGGCGCCGCUGGGGCUGGUGGACCAGCCGCCGUGCCGUGCCAACUUCAACACGCGCUUCUUCGCCGCACACCUUGAUCUCGGUCUGCCUGUGGCCACCGUGUACUUCAACUCCCAGAAGGAGCCGGCGACUAAGCGGCGUUAAUAAUCAAGAGCCGAGCCGAGCCGAGCCGAAGUGAGCUGAAUCAGGAGGUUGAAUCAUGUGUACAUGGAUGCAUGGUAAUAUUAUAUAGUUGGAAAGAAAGAAUAAAGCAAUGUGUGGUGUAAGCUUUAUUUUUAUUUUAUUGUUAGCUUUUUAUAUUAUAUUUUUCUUUAAUAUACACUA